UUGGUGACGUUCUUUUAACCUUCAGGCUUUUCUUCAAAUCGAAAGAUUGCUUUGAUAAGAGCCAUAAUUUUUUAAUAAAAAAUGUCUCUUUUAUACAAAAAAUCUAUGUUGGCUUUGGAUAAGGUGGUUCCCCCAAAACUGCAGCCUCUGUGGAUGCAUCCUGCAGGUCCCAAAACCAUAUUUUUCUGGGCACCAAUGUUCAAAUGGGGAUUGGUGAUAGCAGGAAUAGCAGACUUGCAAAGACCUGCUGACAAUAUCAGCCCUGGUCAAUGUGGAGCUCUGCUGGCAACAGGAGUGAUUUGGUCCAGAUAUUCCCUGGUCAUAACACCCAAAAAUUAUUCACUUCUCAGUGUUAAUGUAUUUGUAGCUCUAACUCAAUGUUACCAAAUGUACAGGGCUUUGGAUUAUCAGUUUCGAGUGAAACCAGCCCAAUCAGCAGUAUAACAAUUUUUAUUAUACUGAAGAUGCACAAUAAUUGGUCUAUUAUUGUUACAAAAGACAUAAUUAUAAUUAGGUAGGUGAGAAAAAUGCCAUGGCCACAGUGGAGGAUCCGGUUUCUAGAAAUUAUAUUACCUACCUACCUAUUUUUAUAAUUCUGAUACUGCUUGUGAUUUUACCUCUGAUUUGAGAUUUUAAAGAAUAUACCUACCCUAGACUAUUGUUGAAACAGGGAGUAGUUCAGUUAACACUAUGACCCACCUAUAUAAUUAUAUUUUGAAGCUGUUAUACUAAAUAAUAAAAUUUUAUCAUGUUAUAUAUAUGCAUUU